UAAAGCGUUUUUGUUUUGUUUGUUUGUUUUUAUUCCUUUAAGGGUCAUUAUAAUGAUAUAAUGAUAAUAAUAAUUGUGUAAUACUGUGAUAUUUUCUAAUCAUAAAUCUCGUACUGUUGCAACCCUACUUGUAUCACAACUUUAUGGGUCUGCUAAAAUAAGAAAAGGAAUGAAGAAAGGAAUGAGGAAGGAAAGGAGACAAGGACGCCGCUAGACAGUGUUGGGUCGCGGCCCGCUGUAUUCCUUCGACUCUGUUCACCUCCAUUCACACAGUAAAUAAAAGCAUGGAGGCUCUGACUCUCGGGAUCUAACACCGAGCAGCAGGGGGUAAAGACACUGCCGCAUGCGCUCUCCCUUUCACCAAAACACACAGGAAGGAAGCGGGACAGCCUCGAACGCUCUGCCGGUGGGAUUUAACUCAUUUUACGGGGAAGAGAGGAUUGUAGUCGGCGUCAGGAGCGGGGCAGCCCGCCGUGCUGAGCAUGAAACGGACGGCUGUAGUGGCCAGGCACAAUGGCCUCGUCUCUCCGCUGGGGAACAACAACUCCGGGGCUUCGAGCAUCGUCUCACCGCCCCAGCCGAGAGCCACUAGUGUCUGCGCUCCUGCCGACAGCGGUGCCGGCGGUGGGAUGGACGGCCUGCUGGAUUUCUCCAAAGGCCCCGUCGUCAAAACCGAGCUGGUGUGCAAAUGGAUUGACCGAACUUCUAAGAGACAGAGGCUUGGGCGGACGGCGACAUCCGUCUGCGACCAAACUUUCAGCUCCAUGCACGAGCUGGUGGACCACGUCACCACCGAGCAUGUAGCAGCGGGGCUCGAGACCCUCAGUCAUGUCUGCAUGUGGGACGAGUGUCUGCGCGGCGGGAAGGCGUUCAAAGCCAAAUACAAACUCAUCAACCACAUUCGCGUGCACACCGGGGAGAAGCCUUUUUCAUGCGCAUUUCCCAACUGCGGCAAGAUGUUCGCACGCUCCGAGAACCUCAAGAUCCACACGCGCACGCACACUGGAGAGAAGCCGUUCCAGUGCGAAUUCUGUGAGCGACGCUUUGCCAACAGCAGCGACCGAAAGAAGCACUCGCAGGUCCACACAGCCUCGAAGCCCUACGACUGCAAGGCUCUGGGCUGCACCAAGUCCUACACCCACCCCAGCUCCCUACGCAAACACAUGAAGGUCCACGUCAAGUUGUCACCUACCUCUGAACCCCAGGACGCGUACGACUCCAUCCCUCAUCAAUUUCAACAACCUCAUCAGGCUCUCCUUGAGCCCCUUGACCUUAAAAUUAACCGCCUCUCUCCGUCGCUUGCCAACAGAAACGCUCACUUUCCUCUUCUGUCCAGUCACGAAUUGGACAUUAGCUCAGCUGCCGAAGUGGACCAUAAGCUGCUGCUGCGGAGUUCAUCUCCAAUGGCAAUGCCUCUGGAUCUCUCUCUGUCAGGCCUGAAGAGUCAGCUGGCCCACAGGCAGCAGAGCGGCAGGACCCCACGGAGGAGCCAGCGCUCAGUCAACCCAGCCUUACCUCAGUUGUCUAACAUUAAGGAGUGGUAUGUCUGUACCAGGACUACAGCGCCACACUUUCCUCUACUUCACCCAGACCACAUCAAAUCAGAACCUAGUGAUGAUGAGGAGUACGUCACGUAGGAUGGAGGGACUGGUGAAUUUGGACACAAAGAACAGACAUCAUACAUUGUCAGACCCAGACAGGCCAGAGGAUGCUCUGUGGAAUCAUAGUUGCUGUAAUUUUCCCGAACCAGCAGUGUAUGGUUCAACAUCAGUGGCCCUUCUGAGAUGGAGAAGGCUGUGAUCAGAUAAGACUGGAGGUUUCACUCCAUCUCAAAUACAAAACUCAGCUUGGAGAUCGUCACCAUCUGUGGACCCAAAGCAGUGGCUUAAAUGUUGCCAGAAGGGAAAGAGGAAUUCCAUCAUUGUGGUUAUCAAACAAAAUGUUUGACAUAACACUGCGUCAGUGUUAGCUAGCUAACCUGAACUAACAAAGGGGAUGACGUUGUACAAAUGGACCAGGGAAUGUUGGUGACUGCUCUGUCCUGCUGUUAAAGAAUAUGAAGAGGGUGUUUGUACAUGACGAUCUCUCUAGAGAGACACAUUAUUGAUCUAAGAGCUCCACCUAGAUGCAGCAAUUUCAAGGGCUAAAUUGACACUGAUGGAAAGUGGUUAAUGUUAACCUGAGCUCAUGGUAGCACUGUACACAUGGUAACACAGCAGGUCCAAAACAGCAGGCACAUGGGGCGGAGGCGAGUGUGUGUCUGUUAAGGCCUUGGUAUGCUUUAAACAAACUAGUUUGUACAAGAGGGCUGUGUAUUGGCGAGAAUCUGGUGACACGAUAUGUAUCACAAUACAAGGGUUUACGAUUCAGUAGUUCUGAUAUAUUGAGAUACUGUGAGGAAGGUCAUAUAUAGCGGCUUUUUUUUGUGGCUUUAUGCCCUAAUGGAUAGUGACAGUUGAAGGUAGACAGGAAAGCGAGGAGAGAGAAAGGGGAUGACAUGCAGCAAAGAGCCAAAGGCCACAACUGAACCCAGGCUGCCGCGGCAAGGACCCAGGCCCAGCACACCCCACUAGGCAAGUCAUAGGGGCGCCCCAUAAUUGCUAUUAUUUAAAUCAAAUUUAGGAAAACUGCACAUAGCAUAAAGGACUCACCACCAUAAGAGUAAAAGCGGUUUGGGGUUGAAAGACAGGAAUCGAUACAGAUACAGGUUGAGCCGGGCAGGAAGCCACCGACACAGGAACAAGAGAAAAAAUUUGGUCAGGCUUCAAAAUAAAACACCCUGCGCAGACUCCCUAUUGUUAAAACAGAAAAAAGAGAAACCAUUCAAUUACAUAGCCUAUUAACCCAUGGUAGAAGCGAGGGACGUCAGAAAAUAACAAUACACUUAAGUAUUGAGUAUAAUCUUGAAUCUUGUUUUGUGAUAUUUUAUUGAUUCUCAAAAGAACUGUAUCGGUCAAGGGGUAUGAAACUGGAUGUAGGGACUAUGAUAAAUACAAAUGCAGGUCCUGCUGUCCAGACUCUUUUUUUUUUUUUUUUUUGUCAGAUUUUAUGCAAUGGUGGUGUGUUCUUUAUAAAAUGACAGUUUUACUAAAAUUAGAUUUCUUAAUCACAAUUAGGCAUGGGACAAUAUGAGAAUUUCAUGUCACGAUAAUCCUGUUAUUUAAUAAUUGCGAUGUACGAUAUCAUGACGUAAAAAUGAAAAUAUACUCAAUACUUUUAGCAGCACUAAAACAUACUGGAAGCACUUUACCUUGCAUUUUGAAUAUGGUAAAUGGAUCUGUACUUGUAAAGCCGACCACUCAAAGUGCUUUUACACUACAGCCACAUUCACCCUUUGACACACAUUCACACAGCGAUGGCAAAGCCCAUCUAUCAGAAACUAACGCAUACUUCGACAUAUGGCAGGAGGAGCCGUGGAUCGAACCAACAACCUUCCCAAUUAGUGGAUGACCCGCUCUGCCUCUGAGCCACAGCCGCUACAUAUAGCACAUAUUUAUUCACACAUAUUUAUUGCAUCACCGAUAGGAACCUCAUUUCCUUGUUUUUUCUUUAUUUUGGAAUCUAUCUCCACACAUCCGGUUUAAGCUUUUUUGUGCGAGCCUUCAGCCAUGGUGACAGGCUUAUGAUUUUGGAAUGUCUGGAAAGAUGCUGGCUCCCCCUUGUCCCCUUGUUCACGAGUAUCACGUUGAUCAUGAUAAUGGAAAUUCACCACAAUAAAUUUAACUGAGUGGUUUUUAUCGCAAUAUGUGAUAAUAUUGUCCUAUCCCUAAUCUAUAAUAUAUUACAACCACUGUAUCGUGAUACGUAUCGUAUUGGCAGAUUCCUGCCAGUACACAGCCCCAGUAGAAGCACAUGCAAAAACAUAGAAAAAUGACUGAGUCAACUAAAGUAUACAAAAUCAGGUAGGAAAAACACUCCACCCUUCCUGGCGGGAUAUGAAGCUGCGCAGAGCACGAAACAAAACCUAGUAGAAUCAAGGCGUCGGGCGAUCCGACAAGCACUUUGUUUGAAGCAAACUGAGGCCUUUACUAACAACCAUUGGUAGUAACUUGUUCAAAAUUGUUUUAUGUGAUCACAGGUCUAAUCCCACACAGCAGCCAGCAGUGAAGCUGCCGUUUGGAGACAGUGGGACUGAUCUUGCUUUGUACUGAUCAUCAAGUGUCUCCUUAACCUCAUCAAUUAUAUGGACCUUUCAGUGGGUUAAUCACCUGCAUCUGUUUACACUCCAUUUACGAUUUAGUCAAGACCCCAAGGUUACCAAAAUUCCCAUAUAUGUCAUACCCAUAUUCCUUUAACAUUAAAAUGUGUAUUAAAUGAAGAAUAUAGUAUUUUCCCUUUGAUUAAAUGGUGCAGCCCUAAAAAGUGGCAUCUUGGAUUUGAAUAUUAAAUCAAUGUGAGCAUCCUGUGUCAGUGAAUCAAGGAAACAAGCGGGGUGUAUUGUGUAAGAUUGUGGUGCUGCUUGUAAGAAAUCUAUGUUUGACGUUACUGCAUUGAGAAUACUUUUAAGCUGCAGUAACUUUUACGAAAAUAACUAUUUGUCAUAUCUAAUGGCAUUUGCAAGAAUCCACAAAUCUACGAAAACAACCAAUCAGAGCCAAGACAGACAGUUCGUUGUUGAGUCUCAUUCGCAGGUCGUUACAUAUGGUGCUAUCCAUUUGUCUCGUGAACUUGGAGCCCGAGUUGUUCUGCCGCGAGAACGUGAUGUCAUUGCCUGGCUUGUACCACUUAUAGAGUUCCAUUUGUCUUUGGGCAUUACGAGUCGGAAAGAAGUGCAGCAGCUGUCUUAUUAGUGCAAUGCAUAAAUUUGGUGACCGGACUAAAGCAGCAAUGUAAACAAGUGUGUAAGAGCAUUUGAAAUCGACAUUAAAACGACCAACGUAGUACAAAUACAAAGAAAACACAUCUUAAUAUGCCAUCUUUGUUUUGCCGGUCGUACGUGCCCCCCCCCGUUUAGCUCGGUGUACCCCGAGCUGGAUGGCUGAAAUUCCGACCAAAAUGUCGCAAGAUAGCUGCGAGAUUAACAUUUUCCAACUCGGGUUUCCGAGUUCACGAGACAAAUGGAUAGCACCAAUACAAACGCUGGGAGACUCAGCAAUCAACUUCAAUCCACCAACCAAAAGUCUUUUUCUAUCUCUCUCAUCUCUGAUUGGUUGUUUUCGUUCAGGGCCGGUGGAUUCUUGCAAAUGUAAUUAGGAGCUCUAGGAGGAGCCAGAGGAACCUGAGUGUUUCACACAUUAUCUGUCUCAUGUUCUACUGUCAGGAUAUAGUGAAAGUUCCAGUGAAUAUUUUGAUAUAAGUUACUUACUGCAGCUUUAACUGGUUAAUAAUCAACUUUACAUACUCCACUUGCAAGGAACUGAAAUUGUUUAAAACAAUGACACAGGAUUUAAAUCCUAUUUAACGUUAAUGACAGUGUAUUACAACCCAGGGGCCAGAUGUGUAAACCAUGAAUACGCUAAUUUCCACACAUACACAUGUGAAGCAUAGCUGUGGGUGAUAUAAUAAGGUGUCCAUGAAAUAUAAGUUGAGAGACCUUAGAGUAAAACACUGUUUGUUUUGGUUGUUAUUUUGCAGUCUACAGCGUUCUGGAAAGUGCCACUCAAAGGCGCAUUUAUAGAAUUUAUCAGUGGUGAAUUGUGGAGCACUUUGUAAAGUCUAUUUCAGUGUGAGCUUUUUAAAUUAAUCAUUGGAUCAUACUCCUGACGCCUAACAGUUAUGAUUGAGAUAUCACCGCGCCGAUGGUUUCCAGGUACAUGUGAUGAAUUACUGAUGCGGGCGCUAUAAACAGCCACAGCUGUGCAUAAUGACAGCUGCUCUGGUGCUGUUGGAGAACCUCACCGAUGUGACACAGUUGCUGAAAUUGCACUUGAUUGACAGGUCUAAUGAGUGGUGCACAAGUAUGAGGCUUGUGCACAUACACCCACUUCCACAAUGAUUGAGAUUUAUAAAACAGAACAAUGUAUAUGUGUGGCUUUAUUAACCCAUUAAUGUCCACAGUGGAAUUUUAUAAUUUCCUUUACAGCACUUAAAGGUCCAGUGUGUGACAUGUAUGAUGAUCUAUUGUCAGUAAUGGAAUAUAAUACUCAUAGGUAUGUUUUCAUUAGUGUAUAAUCACCUGAAUAUAAGAAUUGUUGUGUUUUUGUUACCUUAGGAUGAGCUGUUUAGAUCUUCAGUCCGCCAUGUUGAACCACCAUGUUUCUACAGUAGCCCAGAAUGUACAAAUCAAACACUGGCUCUAGAUAGUAAGAAAGUUAUUUUUCAUAAAAAUUACCUACUGCAGCUUUAAUAUAAUAUUUAACAUGUUAAAUGAAUGUGAUUUGCGUUGUUUUAAAAAAAUUCAACUUUGUCUACCAAUGGCAUGAUAAACAUGUGACAUGUG